CUAAGGCAAACAGUAUCUCUUUGUGGAACUGGUGCUAGUGCCCAAGUUCCACCUCAGAGCCCAUCCCAUUGCACAUCCAUGGGCGCCUGCGCGCAUGACCCCGCCGUACAGGUAUACUGCACUGCAGAACUAUUCAUACGAGGCUGAAGAUGCUGCCACAACAUCUAGUUCGGAAGAUGACAUUGACAGGGAGCACGGUCAGGCAUUUGAGGCUCUAGGUGUUCAGCAUUUUCACGGCCACCAAGAGUCCAAAGUAGAACUGUCCAAUCUGUGCAUUUGCCUUUUGCUCAGGCUUUUCUUCCCCUUCUCCCGCUUUGCGGUGAUGAUAUUGCUCAAAAUGGACUGGAUUCGGCCCAUCCUUAGAACUGAGCAAGAAUCAUUCGGCACACAGACGAACCAAAUAUUUGUGCUGUAUGGCGCGGUGAAAGGCCUGUACUACCUUCCGUAUUUGACCUUGAAUGUUGUUUUCUACUACAUUACAUCCAAAGUGUAUGGCAACACUGGGCCGCCGUUUGCAACCCUGUUUCCCUGGCUGAUUCAGCUUUGCUUUAUUGGGGGUUAUGUUGCUGAAGCAGCCUCCGCUUCUGACAACCCAUCGCGUGCUAAAUACGCUCAAGUUGUGCAGUUUAUGAGGAUUAUUGGACGGCAAUGCGGUCUCUCGGAAAGCCUCCUCCACCGACUAUACUCAGAUGGGACAGAGGAAAAUUGCUUGCUGGCCUUGGACCGUGUGUGGUCAGAUGACUUGAAGGUACGCCGGGAGUGGCUGUGUGGAUGCCAAAGCUCAGUAGAAUUGGAUGACGUGAAUUGGAAAUCACAGAUCAUGUCCAUGAUCAUCCGCACUCACCGGACUUGCUUUACACAAGUUGUUUAUAGAGAUGUUGUUUAUAAGACCAAAUCAGAUCACUUUGAAAAGGUGGGGGACUUCAGUUGGAUGCAGCGCUGGCCCGCUACAGAUAGAUUUGUAAUUCAACAGGAGAGAGUUCAUAGCUUGUCGUCCAUUGGGCUCUAUGCUCCUCAGGUGCACGGAAUGUGCAUUACAAAUGGCUUACUUGAAAGCUACAAAAAGAAUCUGCUUGAAGGUGCUCUGACAGCGGCAGACUUCACCAGCCAGAUGUCCGUGGGCUUCCCCAGACAGACCCCUUUCUGGGUGAGGGUCAUGUUGGUUGUGGCUGAGGUCACAUUUUGGGUAUUGCUGUGGAGUGCAUGCAUUGUUGCCUGGUGGCUACCUCAGUGGUACCAUGACGGAGCCUGGUAUGAGGGUCCAAUUUCAGUUGUGCUCAUCAAGUUGUUGAUAUUCUUCAACUUCGUGUCAUUUGGCAUGCUAGAUGGUGUUGGCUCGUUCUUGGGCCGGCUUUAUGAAAGCGCUGUGGAGUUGCUCAUUCGAUAUACAGAGCUGAAAGUGCUGAAUGCCACAUUGGCUGGUCCGACCACUGCCAUGAAAAUGUGCGUUCCUGUGAUGAGGCUUCAUUGCCACUUAGAUUUGCUGGUUUGGGCAGAGGUGCGAGAGCUUUGCUUGGCACGCUAUUCUGCCAGGCAGUUGAAAAUGGAGGUGGAACUAUUGAUGGCCACAGUCUUUGCAAUUGUGAUGGCCAUUUGCUGCGUGUACACUGCUUUGCAGAAAGCAUGGGAUCCGGGCCUAUUCAACUUCGUGGGUGUGUUAUCCCUGGUGCUGUACAUCAUUUUUGCGGUACCUUUCUUUGUAAUUGGCGCUUUGGUCAACGUGGAGAGCAAAAGGUCCUUGCACCUCAUGUCACAACAUGCCUUACAUGCCCAACUUCUAGUCUCUCACCCCACAGUUGCAAGUGCAGAGCAACGCCGUGAGAUCAAAGAAACCCUCUCCGUGGCCAAGCUUCUGGUACGGCAUCUCCAAUAUGACUACUCGGCAGAUGUGCACAUCCUAGGAGUGACGCUCACUCCGAGCACCGCCUCAGCUUUGGCUUCAACCAUCAGCACUGCUUUGGGAGUCACUCUGAGCAGUCUACCUGUGGAGCAUAUCAGCGAACAUAUCAAGAAGAAGCUUUUUGCCAGUGAAGCAUGGAACACAUGGUUUUAGGGGUCUUGUUUCCACAACGUCCGCAGCACCCGCAACACCCGUGAGAGUUCGGGUUUUGCCGUCUCUCUUGCUUGCGAGCUUCAACAGGCUUCGUCAGCUAUUGAAGGCUAUCGAAUGCAGGCAUCAAUUGUUCGACCUUGAACAUGAAAAGCACCGCCAUCAGAGUGCUGUCGAGUUUUGACGCAGUUCUCAGAUUGUCAGCUCAUGUCAUGCGACAUGUUGACUUCA